CUUUUGUAUCAUAGAAUUUGCCUCAAAGAUAUUGUUUUUUAAGCCAUUUGUAAAUAUAUAAACCAACUGAAACAGGGAUAUGUUGUAAUAUUCUGUGUGUAAGUUUCUCAAACAGAAAGUAUCAAUAAAUCCAACAACAGAAAAACAGUCAAACUGAUAUAUAAAAACAGAAUUGUCUUUGAGUCUAAACAAAACAAAACAACAAAACAGAAAAUGCAUUCAUCACUUAACAAAAAAGAGGUCACUAAAGUAUGUCCACAAGGUUGUUGUCCAACCUUAUUGUUCAUCAACUCAUCACAACAAUCUCUCAACAAUACAACCAAACCCAGAAACAGUUCUUCACAGUGUCGCCAAACCUUUGCAACAACAACAUCAUCCUCAAUAUUUCCAAACACCAAAUUCACUAACCAUGAAUGUCUUCCAUCACUUCAUGAAUCAUUCACUGAAUUCAUGAAAGUUUAUCCUCAAUUCUCUGAGACUGAGAAAAUUGACAGUUUAAGAGCCAAAGAAUAUUAUCAUCUUUCUUUCUUAAACCAAUCUUGUCUUGAUUAUAUUGGUAUUGGUCUUUUUUCCUAUUAUCAACGUCAACAACAUGAUGCUUCAAAAACUCAACUUUCUUCUUCUCCUUCAACUUCAACACCAUUUCAAUCUCCACAACAAUAUUCUGAUAUACCAUUUUUCAGUAUUUCCUACAAAACUGGAAAUUUGAAGACUUUAUUGCUACAUGGAGGGAAAGAGUCAGAAUUUGAGUCUGCAAUGAGGAGAAGGAUAAUGAAAUUUCUUAACAUUUCUGAAAAUGAUUAUUUCAUGGUUUUCACAGCAAAUAGAACAUCAGCUUUCAAACUUGUUGCAGAUUCAUAUCCAUUUCAAUCUUGUAAGAAACUUUUGACAGUUUAUGAUUAUGAGAGUGAAGCAGUGGAAGCAAUGAUUAGUUCUUCAGAAAAAAGAGGAGCGAAAUCCAUUUCAGCAGAAUUCUCAUGGCCAAGACUUAGAAUUCAAUCAACAAAAUUGAAGAAGAUGAUUGUUAGUGAUAAUAAUAAGAAGAAGAACAAAAAGACAAAAAGUGGUCUUUUUGUGUUCCCUCUUCAUUCAAGAGUAACAGGAGCAAGAUAUCCUUAUCUAUGGAUGAGAACAGCACAAGAAAAUGGAUGGCAUGUUUUGAUUGAUGCUUGUGCAUUAGGACCAAAAGACAUGGACAGUUUUGGUCUCUCUCUAUUUCAACCAGAUUUUCUUAUUUGUUCUUUCUACAAAGUUUUUGGAGAAAAUCCAUCUGGUUUUGGUUGCCUUUUCGUCAAGAAAUCUUCUAUUUCACUUCUUGAACCAUCCACUUGUGCUGGAAUUGUGAAUCUUGUACCAGAAAGUAGUCUAUUUAAUCUAUCAGAAGAUUCUUCUAGUAACAAUCAAGUAGAAGUUAAUCAAAAAUCACCAUCUAUCUUACAAGAACAAGAAUUAUCUUCUAUGAGUUCUUUCUCUGGAAGGAUGCAAACUCCACAAUUUGUUAAAGUUAAAGGAGUUCAAUCUGAGGAACUAAAAGCUCCUGAAGGUUGUGGAACUGUGGAUGAAAAAAGGGUAGUUGAGAAAAACCAAAUUAAGAAUGUGGAAGAUAGUAAAAAUGGAAGCUUUGACAUUGAAUGCAGGUGUUUGGAUCAAGUGGACUCUUUAGGACUUACAAAGGUAACCAACAGAGGAAGGUACCUUAUAAAUUGGUUAGUGAACUCCUUGCUGAAGUUGAAGCAUCCUAAUGAUGAAGGGGCUCCCUUAGUAAAGAUCUAUGGUCCUAAGAUAAGAUUUGAUAGAGGACCUGCUUUGGCUUUCAAUGUUUAUGAUUGGAAAGGUGAAAAAGUUGAACCUGUUUUAGUACAGAAACUUGCUGAUAGAAAUAAUAUAUCUCUCAGCUAUGGAUUUCUGCAUCAUAUUUGGUUUGCAGAUAAGUAUUCAGAAGAGAAAGGAAGAGUCCUGCAGAGUAAAGAAGGGAAAGGCGAGAAAGUAACGGCGAAUAAGAAGAAAGAUAGAGAUAAUUUGGGAGUGACAGUGGUUACUGCUGCAUUAAGCUUCUUGGCUAAUUUUGAAGAUGUGUAUAAACUAUGGACUUUUGUUGCUAGGUUUCUUGAUGCAGAUUUUGUGGAGAAGGAGAGGUGGAGGUACACUGCUCUUAAUCAGAAAACAAUUGAAGUUUAAUUGUAUGUAAAUUUGAUUUAUUUUUCUUUAUUUUUGGAUUAUAGAAAAUGUUUUCAAUACUAAAAUAUGUGAACUUGGAUGAAAAUUUAAUGUUUUUUAACAAGAGGAAAAUCUUAUGUUGAUUCUCCUAGUAAAGUAAUCAACUUUAUUU